GCCCUCUCAGCGGCGGAUGCAGCCCGACUUCUCACGGAGCGAAGUUAACGUCACACCGGGGACCAGCAGCGAGGCGUCGUGUGGUCCCGAACAGCGACAGAUAGCUUCACCGAAUGGUCGAAAACAUCGAUGCGCGCGGAAGAGCUACGCGGAUCAAGAUUGUCGUUUUUUGUUUUUUUUUACCUCCUCUCCUCUUCGGAUUUCGCCACUUGCACAGACGCCGACAGGAACGAUGGACGGGAGACGCGGCCGGCAGCAGCGCGCAGCGGGCCGGGCGCCUGCUCUGGGACAUCAGGGCUGAGAACCAGCAGAGGUCCGAGGAGUUUCUCCUAGGACGCUUCCAACCUCCUGGCCUCCCUCAGCUGUUUCUUCUCGCAGUCGUCCCCAUCAUCCGGGCCGUCGGUGCGUCCCUAAAUCUUGAACUGAAGCUCUGACCUUCACAUCUGGUUGAGGGAGUGUGUGGAGGCGCGGGGCGCUGAAAACCGCUUCAUGUGCGCCUGAAACGGAGCCAUGAGGAACACCAGGUCGAGCCUGCUGCUGGGCUGCAUGCUCCUCUGCUCUGCCUCCCUGAUCUACCUGGGCAUGAGCGGCACAGGCUGCCCUCCGAAAAGCCAUCGGUACCGGUGGAUGGAGCUCAACAUGGGCUCGGCCAAUCAGAGCUCAUCCCUGAACGAACAUUUGCCCGAAGACACGCCCCUCAUCUUCAUCGGGGGCUUCCCCCGCAGCGGCACCACGCUGAUGCGCGUCAUGCUGGAUGCCCACAUCGCCGUGCGCUGCGGGGAAGAGACCCGAGUGAUUCCCCGCCUCCUGGCCAUGCGGGCCACCUGGAGCCGCUCGGUGAAGGAGCGGAUCCGGCUGGACGAGGCCGGCGUCACCGACCAGGUGUUGGACUCGGCCGUGCGAGCGUUCCUCUUGGAGGUGAUCGUCGGCCACGGGGAGCCGGCCCCUCGCCUUUGCAACAAGGACCCGUUUGCCUUGAAGUCUCUCUCAUACCUGUCACGCAUCUUCCCCAAAGCCAAAUUUGUGCUCAUGCUGCGAGACGGACGGGCGACCGUCCACUCCAUGAUAUCCCGCAAGGUGACCAUCUCCGGCUUCGACCUGACCAGCUACAGGGACUGUCUGACCAAGUGGAGCAGCGCGGUGGAGACCAUGUUCAGCCAGUGUCAGGCCGCCGGGGAGUCCACGUGUCUGCCCGUCCGCUACGAGCAGCUCGUGCUGCACACGGAGGAGGAAAUGAGGAAGUUGCUUCACUUCCUGGAGCUGCAGUGGGACCCGUCGGUGUUGCACCACGAAGAGUUGAUCGGAAAGGCAGGUGGCGUGUCUCUGUCCAAGGUGGAGCGCUCCACGGACCAGGUGAUGAAGCCGGUGAACACGGACGCCCUCUCCAAGUGGGUCGGUCACAUUCCCUCUGACGUGAUCAGCGACAUGGCUGAAAUCGCCCCCAUGCUGGCUCGCCUGGGCUACGACCCGCACGCCAAUCCGCCCGACUACACGAGACCGGAGCCCGCGUUGUCUCCGUUCAACUACUCACAGAAUUUGAAAUCAGCAGAUACUCCACACCCCAGUUGAACGAAAGAGGACAUUUGGGCUUCGGUGCUCCACGAUAUCGAUGCACCUUAAAGACAGACUUCCUGUUCAGUAGUAAUUACUUUUCACGGGAAAACAUUUUGAAAAAUAUCAAUAUUUAGGGAUUGUUUGUAAGACCAAAGUGCGGUGUUCGUUUCUGCACACUGUAGAGACUCAUCGAGUGGUUUGUCCACUACCUGCUCGAGAUGUUUUCUCCAACGCGUCCUCCGAGGUGAACCGACAGUAUUUUACGCCGCGCUUUGCUGCUCCGUCUCCCCUCGUACCCGAGGGAAUUUCUAUAUGUCUGUAAAGUUGUAUGAUUCAGCACAAAUGUGACUUUGGACUAGUGUUUCACUUACUGAGAGUUCAGUCAGCGAUCAUGAAGCAUAAUGACUGUAUAUUUUUAAAGAUGUAUUUUUAUUUUUUAAGUAAAUUAUUUUGUUGUCGAUCAUUCAGGAAUCUAAAGUUUUUUUUAUCAUUGUAUAUUCGUGAUCAUGAAUAAAAAGAGUACAUGUC